CCACCUUGCGACUCACGCCUCCAACAAAGCCGAUCUUUCAACUGUCCCUGGCCCAGCGCCCUGCUGAGGCUUUGUCCCAUACCGCCUUCGAAGCAUCUUUGUCUUUUCGCAUCCUCCUGGACAGGAAAUCCUUCGUGUGCCGCAUGGAUCGGCAUUAGCGCUGUUAUCAAUGUGGCUGUUUUAAACCACCCUUUUAUCUCUUGAUAUAUUUCCACACGAUCGUUUACUGAGCUACUUGCAUUUCCACCGAUUUCGAGGUCUCUGGCCUUCUAUUCCCGUCAACAUGAGGUCUUCCCUAUUGGCGUGGUCGCUACUUUCGUUGAUCACUAUUCCUACGUUAGCCUCCGAGCCUCAUGCCGUAUAUAAGAGAGGGGAAGAAGAGGCCACAGCGGAUGAUGGUCCCGCCAGCACAACAUUUAAUGGGAUUGAGGUACCUGCACAGAAGGAGCUGGAUCCGGAAAACUUCAAGAGCGCCACCUCCGAUGGCUACUGGUUUGUGAAACACUUUUCACCAUCAUGCCCCCAUUGUCAGCAUAUCGCCCCUGCGUGGCAGACUCUUUACGAAUUCUACUACACUUCAAACCCGCUGUCAUCAUCAUCUGCCAAAUCCGUCGAUACUCAAACCUCUAUGAACUCGUUCACUGGGUUUUAUGACUUCCAUUUCGCUUCAAUGAAUUGUCUCGCCUAUAGGGACAUGUGUAUCAACUUAGAUAUCCAAUUUUUUCCUACGUUCUCUCUCUACCGAAAUAGCGAGUUGGUAGAGCAAUACAAGGGCGAGAAGACGAUCGAAGGGUUGAGCCAAUUCAUUGAGGAAAAAUUAGAGUUAAUUCGACCUGGCUCUCGUCCCCGAAAUGGGGUUAAGGUACCGGCACCCGGUGCGACAAGUGCCGAUACCACCGCAGAACCCGAUAUUCCUGAAGAGAAAGACAAAGAUCCGGUUGCAGGUGCCAAAGCAGGCGAAAAACAUAACGAGCAAAUCGCGCAGUUGGCAGAAAAGACCGAUGAGAAAAGGCUUACCGAUGAGAAGAAACCUACCGACGAGAAAAACCUUGUCGAUGAGAAAAAGGCUGCGAACGAGAAGCAACCUAAAGAAGAGAAACUAGUCGCACAGACUAAGACUUCAAAGGAGAAAUCUGCGGUGGUUUACAACCCAAAAGGCACGUCGGUUCCAUUGACUGCUGAGAGUUUCCAAAAGUUUGUCACCAGAACACGCGACCCCUGGUUUAUCAAAUUCUAUGCUCCAUGGUGCCAUCACUGCCAAGCCCUAGCGCCUGCUUGGUUGGCAAUGUCUAAAGAAAUGAAGGGAAAGCUCAAUGUUGGUGAAGUCAACUGCGAAGUCGAGAAACGACUGUGCAAAGAUGCUGGUGUAAAGGCUUUCCCGACGAUGUAUUUCUUCAAAGGCGGAGACAAAGUCGAAUAUGACGGUCUACGCGGGCUUGGUGAUUUAGUUGACUAUGCCCAGAAAGCCGUUGAUAUCGGCGCUGGUGUUCAGUACGUCGAUGAAGCCAAGUUCAAGGAAUUAGAAGAGACUGGAGAAGUGAUUUUCCUGUACUUCUUCGACCACGCAACUACCACCGAAGACUUUGAGGCAUUGGAGCGACUGACAUUGUCUCUUGUUGGUCAUGCUCGAUUGGUCAAGACGGAUAGUAAGGCUAUAGCAGACAGAUUCAAGAUUACCACAUGGCCUCGCCUACUUGUUGUUAGAGAUGGUCGACCAACAUAUUUCAAUGCUCUGGCCCCAUACGACAUGAGGGACAACCCACGGGUUUUGAACUGGAUGCGAAGUGUUUGGCUUCCGAUUGUCCCCGAAUUAACCGCAAUGAAUGCCAAAGAACUGAUGGAUGGCAAAUUCGUUGUCCUUGGAGUUCUCAGCCACAAGAGGGCUGACGAAUAUCGACUCGGGAAACUCGAAUUGAAGAACGCUGCUUUGGAGUGGAUGGACAAACAAACACAAUUGUUCCGCUUGGAGAGACAAGAGCUCAGAGACGCGAAACAGCUACGUAUUGAAGAAGCUGAAGAUCGCGAUGAUCAACGAGCAUUACGAGCUGCCAAGAGCAUGCACAUCAACAUCCGCGAGGAGGACAAGAAGCAAGUUGCUUUUGCGUGGGUUGACGGUGACUUUUGGGACCGCUGGCUUCGGACAACAUAUGGUGUCGAUGUGAAGGAUGGCGAGCGUGUUAUUAUCAACGAUGAGGAUAAUCGACGCUAUUGGGACUCGUCCAGCAGUGGGGCGAACAUCAUGGUCUCGCGUACCUCUAUUCUCGAGACCAUUCCUUUAGUCAUCAGCGAUCCUCCCAAGUUGAAAUCUAAAUCCACGAUUGGAUUAUUCGAGGCUACCUUUUUCCACACACGAUCCUUUAUCUCGAACCACCCGAUUCUCUCUAUCAUUAUCUUCAUUGUCACCAUAAUCGCGUCCUUUGUUGCAUACCGCAAGCGAUCAUUCAGGCGCUCCAACUUUGGGUACAACAACGGAGGCAUCCUCGGCUAUGGUAAUAGUUCCGGUGGUGGGUUUUUCAAGCUUGAUGGGAAAGAGGGUUUAUUGAAUGGCGGAUCAACUGGAAAGGUUGACUAACGACUGGGGGAAUCAUGUCACGUAUAUUCUUUUCCUGUUUUAUUGUUCGUGUUUAUUUUUUACUUGACGUUGAAUCUAUGUUCGAUUAUACAGACAUCUACCUAUUGCCCCAUGCCUAAGUAGCCUUACGUCUAAAUUAAAGACACGACGGUGAUGCUAAUACCUAUAGAAUAAGACUAAGAAGUUAUAAGCUAA